AUGGUUGAUGGAGGCUUCGCCGAAUACGCCGCUUACCCAGCAAAGAGAGUAUUCCCGUUCAAAGGCAUAUCGGAUGUAGAUGCUACACUGAUCGAGCCAGCAGCCUGCGCCGCGCACGGGAUUGAUAAAAUCGCCCCACACAUGGGCUCGAAGGUAUUGUUAUUUGGAGCUGGACCAACUGGUUUAGUCCUUGCACAGCUGCUGCGACAGAACGGAGGAUGCAAUGUUGUUGUGGCAGCGCCAGAGGGGGUCAAGAUGGCACUCGCAAGAUCACUCGAUGCUGCAGACGAGUAUAUAGACCUCCCACGAGACCAAACAGCUUCAGCGGCGGUACUCGAGAAGCUAUACCAAGAUAAUCCGUACGGAUUCGAUAUCGUGGUCGAAGCGACAGGCAAUGCUAGAGUCUUGGAAAGGGCUCUGGAUUUUGUUCGAAAGGGCGGGAAACUGGUCGUUUACGGAGUUUAUAAUGACAAUGAUCGAAUCUCACUGCCACCGAAUAGAAUCUUCAAGGACGAGAUCCACGUUAUUGGGUCGUUCAGCGAGAUGCACAAAUUUCCUGCUGCAAUCGACUACCUCGAAACUGGCAAGGUCCGUGUUUCUGGAAUUGUCAACCAGACGUUUGGCGUAGAGCAAUGGGAAGAGUGCCUAGAUGCGAUGAGGACGAAAAGAGUGAUUAAAGCAGCCAUUGUUUUCGAUUAG